AUGGAAGAGGACAGAAGUAAGCUGCAGGCCUUGUCCGAAGCUCUGCAAAAAUUCCAAGACGAUCUCCAAACCGCCGUGGAAGCACGUCAAAAACUCGAAGCACAGCAGCAAGAAAACAAGGCCGUCCAGAGAGAAUUCGAAUCCUUACCCGAGGACGCGGGGAUCUACAAACUGGUCGGCCCAGUGCUACUGAAGCAGGACAAGACGGAGGCGGUAAAUGCGGUCGACGGCCGGCUCGAUUUUAUCACCAAGGAAAUCACUAGGCGGGAAGAUAGGAUCAAGGAACUACAAGAAGGAAGCGAAAAGAAGAGAGUCGAACUGAUGCAGCUUCAACAAAAGAUACAAUUGGCCGCGCAAGGACAAGGCGCAGGCUGA